GGUCCAAGUGUCCCAGAAAUUCAACAACGCCUUCUUUUGCAUUGUCAAACGAUCUCUGGUCUGUGAAAUAUACUCCUUGAUUUACAGAAAGAAGGAUUUACAAUCCAGACUGGUAGGAAUAUCUUUACGCACUCAUUAAAGUUCAUCCACGGGGGUUUUUUUCUGCGUGUUUAAUCUACAGCCGGGGCAGGACGAGUGGCGCGCCAGUAACAGACGUUAAGCGUAACAGUGACACCAAGAUGAAGGAAACGCCAUCGUUGAUAGACAGCGAGGUGUUCCUGGCCUUCUCUACCUACGCCACUGUCGUCGUCCUCAAGAUGAUGCUGAUGUCUCCUAUGACUGCAUACUUCCGCUUCACGAGAAAGUGUUUUGCCAACAUGGAAGACACAGGGAUGGCUAAGACUCCAGAGGACAAGAAGAGGAUGCUGAGAGUUGACCCGGAUGUGGAACGUGUGAGAAGAUGCCACCAGAACGACCUGGAGAACAUCAUCCCGUUCGUAGUGAUUGGUCUGCUGUAUACCCUGACGGGGCCAGACCUCUCCACUGCUCUGCUCCACUUCCGGGUGUUUGUUGGUUCCAGGCUCUUCCACACGGUGGCCUACGUCCUCCCCCUGCCCCAGCCCAGCAGAGGUCUAGCUUGGAUGGUUGGCAUGGGCGCUACCUUCUCCAUGGCAUACAGAGUGCUAAGCUCAACGCAUCUCUGAAGAGGCGAUCAAUCAAUUAAUAAUUCAUCAGAUUGAUUGAUUCAAAGUUUUCAGAUGGCCUAAAAUAGUCCUCGGGACACUCUACCUCUGAGGAGACACUCACACAUUUAUUAGACCUGGGUCAAAUAGGCUACAUAAUGUUAAAUACGUUUGAGAGUGCUUGAUUGUACUUGGAGUUUGCACUUCUGGAACGAUUCUAUUGGUUCUGUUGUAUCAGACAGACUAACUAUACAUUCUCUGCACGUUUUGUUUUUAACUCAGCACUGAAUUUGAUCUGUGCAACAAAAAAAAAGUAUUAAUAUCAGCAAAAAAUAAUUAAACUAAACGUAGGGCUCGAUUCAAUCUAUUUCACGGAAGGUCAGUGCUAGCGCGCAGUAGACAUUAAACGGUAACGGUCCCGCGGAAACUCCAUUCAAGGUAAACGCUGCAUACAUUCGGAAACUCCAUUUAACAUUUCAAGUGCACCAGAGCGCUGACUUUAGGCGAUACGGAUUGAAUGGAGCCCUGAACUAAAAUCAAGUGUAGUUCAGUAUCCGAUACCGCAUGUAAUCUGGCUAUUUUUACCCACAUCAAAUCACCAGUUUAUUCGUCGCGUACACAGAUUUGCAGAUGUUAUCGCAUGUGCUGUAAAAUGAUAGUGUUGCUAGGUCCAAUAGUGCAGUCAUACCGAGCAAUGCAUUAAAAAUAAAUAAAACAUACACACAUGACCCGGUCUGUCUGGUUGUCUGACACACAGCCCUACAGACCCGGUCUGUCUGGUUGUCUGACACACAGCCCUACAGACCCGGUCUGUCUGGUUGUCUGACACACAGCCCUACAGACCCGGUCUGUCUGGUUGUCUGACACACAGCCCUACAGACCCGGUCUGUCUGGUUGUCUGACUGACUGCAAACACCUAUUUUAUAUCUUAGACAUUUUUUUUGCAUCUGAUGUGAUAAUCUAAUGUUUAUAAAUUAUUAAAUUCGGGUUUUGGGAAUUAAAGUUGAAUUAAAAAUGUGUGUGGCGGGGAUUAUUGUUUGAUUUUAAUUGAAAUAGGGCCUUUGAAGUAGGCUACAAAUACCAGAGAUAUUUUGCUAAUUGGCUAAUGAAUAUGACCUUAUACUUGAUCUAAUUCUGUAUCUUUUUAAAUUCUGUAUAUGGUUUUAGAUCUACAUAUGAUAUGAUAUGUUUACUAGGCCACGUAUCUGUAAUGCUACUGAUUGGUUUGCUUUGUUCGUUCCAUUUUCUAAGCCAAUCAGGGAUUGUCCCUUUUUUAAUGCUUUCCACCUGUAAAUAAACGAACGAUCUCUAGAA